GUCUCCCGGUCGAGAAUCCCAUUAUCAUCGCAUCUUUUUACCGAUUGAUUGACUUGGAAAAGCUCAAUUCCCUGUUCGGUCACUUCUUUCCGGUCUCGAUUCUGACGUUCUGAUGCUGGCACGUUCUGCAUAAUUUCCUCCCCUCUCCUCUCCCCCUCUCUCUCCCUCCCGCCUGGAUCGCAUCUUCUCCCUUCGUUCUCCCUCUCUCUUACUUGUAUCUUUUUUUCUCUUCGCAUCUUCCCCUUUUUCUUCUUAUUUUCUUCUCUCUUUCUCCUACGUUUCCUCCCGCCUCGGGAAACAUUCUUUGAUCUCAGAUGGGAAACAAUCCAUCCAAGGGCCCGGUCGGAGAUGCCCACUCGAUCCCGGGUUCCGCAGCCACAUCAACCACCUCCGCUGGUGACAGGAGAGUUGACCGCCGCCCAUCACUCAAUGCGACCUCAGGGACCAACAAAGCGACCACCCUAGACCCGUCGGCAUCCAAGGAGACUGCGACCGGACAUCCCGCCCAUGAAAACCAAGCAACCGCCCAGCAACUUCUCCAAUCCAGCAAUGUCGGCGAUCCAUCUCCGCGUCAAGUAAACGAACCGAAGCGGACAGGACAACCCCCCCACGAACCGCCCUCCCUUGAUCCAUCCACCCCUGUCGAAGUCCCGGUUUCUCGUUCCGCCCCGAAACAGGACCCCUACCCCUCCAUAGACCCGUCGGCCCCGCCUCCCAAUACCUAUUACAAUACGUCCACCCAUCUCCAGCGGCCGCCGCGGUUACCGCUACCCAUUGGCGAUGCUACUGCGACUCCCGGGUCGCCCAUUCUCGGACCGGAGGACUCCUUGAACUCGGCACCCUCCGACCAACUGCUGGACGAGAGAGCCGGCCCACAGGCCUCCGGUCAACGCCCGACGAUCGAUGAGGAAGAAACGCUGGACGAGCUGGAGCCGUACACCACAAGUGGUGUCGGGCGGGCGGUGCCGACCACAAUCGAAUGGACUGCACCCGGCGAUAAGGUCUACGUCACCGGGACCUUUGUCAACUGGGAGAAGAAAUAUCGAUUGCAUAGAAGUGAACAAAACCCCCGCAUCAUGUCCGCGACCCUGAAUCUUCGGCCGGGGACGCAUCAUCUGAAGUUCAUCGUGGACGGGCAGAUGUGCGCCGCGGACACUCUUCCCACCGCCGUGGACUUUACAAACCACCUGGUCAACUACAUCGAAAUCAGUGCCGACGACAGCAGUCGCACACGAAGCGGGAGCGACAGGACCUCUCGGAGCCGAGCCCCGCCUGGCGUUCACCCGCCCCACGUUCUUCCCGACGCCUCGGGGAGCGACCAGGUCCGGUCCGCGGUGGAAGAGCAGUCCGACAAAGAAGAACCGGAAGAGAUCCUGCUAGGAGACUUCCGCUGCAUUGUCCCGCAAUUUCUGGUGGAUUUGGACAAAGAGGAAGAUAGCGAGGAAACGCCGGAGUACAAGCAGGCGGUCAACGUCAUUGGCGAUGCGCCUACGCCGCCAAGUCUGCCGCUCUUCCUGGGCAAGUCCAUCCUCAACGGCACCACCCCGAUGAAGGAUGAUAGCAGCGUCUUGAACUACCCCAACCACACGGUUUUGAACCAUCUCGCCACGAGUAGUAUCAAGAACGGUGUUCUCGCCACGAGUGUAACGACCCGGUACAAGCGCAAGUAUGUAACCACGAUACUGUACAAACCCACCGCGCACAUUACAGGAUAAAUCGCAUGUGUGGAGGUGCCGUUGCAACAGCCCUCCUCACACAUUGAACAUAUCACUUCAUCCUCAGCCGGACGUCCUCGAACAUCAGCACGGUC